AUGCCUGGACCAGAGGAACCGAUCACUAAAGUGGUCGUCCAUCCGAUUGUGUUGUUAAGUGUUGUAGAUCACUUUUACAGAAUGGGAAAAGUUGGAAACCAGAAGAGAGUUGUUGGAGUAUUGUUAGGUUCACGGCGAAAAGGUGUUCUUGAUGUCGCAAAUAGCUUUGCUGGUGAGGAUCAAAACUUGGCAGAAGUCUUAGAAUACGUAACUAGGGUUAACACUUAUCGUUGGGCCGAGAUAUAUCUUUAUGUUGCUCUUUUAACCGUGUCAGAAUAUGAUUGUCACGAAAAUAGAGAAAUAGAGACUGAUUUAACGCACGUGUACGCUUUCAUCUAAGUAAAAAUCAUCCCGGCUCAGUGUCGGUGUUUGAACGUUUGGUAAUUGAUUUUCUUAAAAGUAAAUGUUAAGUGAGCAGGAAUCUUACUUUUUUUUUCUUUUCUUUAUUCAUGACAGUUCCAUUUGAUGAAGAUGAGAAAGAUCCAAGUGUUUGGUUCUUAGACCAUGAUUAUUUAGAAAACAUGUAUGGAAUGUUUAAGAAAGUUAAUGGUAUGUGUCGUACAGGUUGUCUAUCUACAAAGUUUGUAUGGUCAAAUCUUCUUAAUAUGCAGGGCUUGAAAUUGCAUCUGAUACGGUCACCAAUGCUACUAACAUUUUCUCCUUAGCGACUAAAAAUUCUGGUUUGGUUGCCAAAGUGGAGACCAGAUUUCUCUAUGAUUUGGAUUUAAAUUAAAAGAGUAAAGUUAAAACAAACAAUUCAUGUGCCAAAUCGCAUAAACAUAGCCAGUUAUCGGUAACCUCCAAAUUUAUACCAACUUAUGUCCACGAUAUUUUCAAACAAUCAAAUCUGAUGGAUCGCGGCAAACUAUGAGCUACGUCGUUUACAUUAUAUAUACUGGGCCGGGUUGUUCAAAGCUGGGUUAAGAUAACCUAGGGUUAGUGCUAAAUUUGAAUUCAGAUAUAAAGCUUAAAAAGUAAAUUCAUUUUAAUUCUUUUUGUCAGCAACAAGUUGAUGAUUGGAUGCUUUUGAAAAUAACAGAGAAAGUUAUCCGAGAAAAUGCUUUUGAACAAAAGAAAAAAGACUGGUUAAAUUUAACCCUGGGUUAAGCGCUAAUCGGCCUUCGAACAACUCGGCCCUGGUGACUAAAAAUUUGUAUCUGGCGACUAUAUUUCUCCAGUUGGUCGCCAAAAGACGACCUGAAGAUUUUUUUAAUUUCGAGCUCUGAUACGGACACCAAAGGGACAGACCAAGCUGUCUGUAUUAUGAGGCUGUCUGCAUUACAGUAAAGGUUGGAACCCUCAGGAGGCACACAACCUUUCCGUUAGUGAAAGAUUAGCUCAGUUGCUAGAGCGCUUGACUGCAAAGCGGGAUGUCAUGGGUUCGAUCCCCGGGGCCACUGUGUUUGCCCUGCAAAUGGCUAGACCUUUGAUAGCUUUUGUGGCAAUGUAAAAUGCCUGUCCCGUCUUAGGAGACGUAAAAAUAGCAUCCUCUGUUAGUAUUUAUGUGUAAAAUACACUGACACUCAAGAAAGGGCAUUUUCUAUACUAGACCUAGUGAGGAACCCAUAUUUAGAGUUGUCCAAUUGGAUGCUUCAUUCUUUUGAACAUUGUUAAAUGUUGAAAAAAAUGCCCAGAUUUUUUUUGUAAUCUUUGUUAUAUUUUUUUUAGCUCGAGAAAGAAUUGUUGGAUGGUAUCACACUGGUCCCAAACUACACCAAAAUGAUGUUAAAGUCAAUGAGCUUAUCCGAAGAUACUGUUCAAACUCUGUAAGUUUGUAAAAUUUUAAUUUUUUGGACUGUCAAUUUGAAGUCGAUUGUGACAUAUAUCUUAAUGAGACAUUUUUUUUUCUAGGUGCUUGUUAUUAUUGAUGCAAAGCCUAAGGAUCUUGGUUUACCCACAGACGCUUAUGUCGCUGUGGAAGAAGUACAUGAUGUAAGACACUAAAUCUCGAUGUGUAACAUAGUGAAAAAGUUUUGUGAAGAAAAAAAAUAUGCAAGUAUUUUUAGUCAAAAUGGAAGAAUGAGGCAAAACUAGGAAUAUCAACUUAAGAAGUACUGCUUCAUUUUACUUCCCUGGAAAUCUGAGGAUCAAGCCCAAAACUUAGUUGUGACAACUUUAUUCUUCAGGCUGCCAUUAAAUUUGCUGAGCUGUUAGGCCGUGAAAAUACACCUUACUGGCCCUGGGCAAUGGGACAACACUUUUGUUACACCUCAAUACAGUAGUCCUGAAGGACAUAUUCUAAACACUUUCACUGGAGGAGAAGUUUUGACCUUCCAGGUGCUGGUCAGAUAGUCUCACCACUGAACUAUAUCAGACUUGAAGGUGAUGUUACACAAGACUAUUGGGAAUGACGAUUUUUAGUGCAACACAGUAGCAAUAUUGUUUUGACAUUGUUUUGAAUAGUUACAACAUUGUUCCAACAUUGCAACGAUGUGGUUCUCUACAAAUCAUCCUUGCGAAUAGUCCCGUGCAUUAUCACCUUACGGGAUGGUCAUAUACAGGGCUGACACUAAGAGCCAGGGGCCGGAGAUUUUCCUUAGCUACUAUGAGCAAGAGCCUCGGCUACUCUUAUAGGAAACAAAAAGAAAAUAGAGUCAAAGGUACUUCCUUGCCUGUACAAUUCUCCUCCUACUAAUCACAUAUACCUGGCAACUUGAAAUUUUAGUGACAGCCCUGCAUAUUCCUCUUUUCUAGCCAAAGAGAAUAGGCUGGACUAUGUUUUUAAUGUACACUAUUGUGUUGAAGUUUUUGUGCAUUUCCUUUUUUAGGACGGAACCCCUACAACAAAGACAUUUGAACAUAUUGCAAGUGAGAUUGGCGCUGAGGAGGCUGAGGAAGUUGGUGUUGAACAUUUGCUUAGGUAGUUAUCUGAGCCUCUAUGAACACUGAUGAGAGUAAAUAAUAAUAAUAGUAAUCAACAACCAUUGAUUAUAGACCUCUUUCAGAUCUCCUAUUAUGUGCUUGAUAUUUAGCCAUUCUGACCUCAUUUGAAGUAAGUAAGAAUUUUUUUGUAUUUUGCACAUGCUAACAAGGGCAUAUAAAAUUACCAUACAUAUAAAAGAAUAUAUUAAUAGGCCACCAUUAUGAAAGAGGUCUAUUAUUUACCCUCAGCAUCAUUUUUUUAAAAUUUCUUUUUGCUUAUUCAGUUAAUGUCUAUCUCAAGGCAGAGUGCCUAAGAUUUCCUUGUUGUUAUAAACUAGCUGGCAAUUUGAGUAAACUCUAGGGGAACUCUGCUAAAAAAAUAAUAUUUCCUUGCCUUGAGUAUGCAGUCUCUUUUCUCUGCCAGUACCCAUAAUUAAAAAGUAAGUGGGUUAUUGUCUUAAAUGCCUUUUAUAAAGGUUACGUGGUUACAUUUUAUUUUCAUUGAUCUUAGGGAUAUCAAGAACCUUACUGCUGGAACGCUUUCCCAGCGCAUCACGAAUCAACUCUUGUCACUCAAAGGUCUCAAUUCACGUCUUCAAGACAUCAGAGAUUACCUGGAUAAAGUUGCCACUGGCAAGCUACCUGUUAAUCACACCAUUAUAUAUCAACUACAAGAUGUGUUUAAUCUGUUACCUAACUUAAAUCUGGAGGAGUUUGUGAAGUCCUUAUCCGUGAAAACAAAUGAUCAGAUGUUAGUGGUGUAUGUGGCAUCGUUAGUGCGGGCUGUGAUUGCGCUCCACAACUUGAUUAACAAUAAAGUGGCCAACAGGGAUGCUGAGAGAGAUGAGGCUGGAAAGAAAGAGGAGAAGAGUAAAGAAAAGGACAAAGACAAAGAGAAAGACAAGGAUACGAAAGAUAAGAAUGCUGAAGACAAAGAGAAAUCAGAAAAGACAAAGACUGAGGACACUAAGAAAUCUUGAAUGUAGAAUUGAUAGAACUAUACGCCCUUCUUGCUUGUCAUUUGUUAUUUUGUAAAAUAAAAUGUUGCAUUCUUUGAAAAACACU